AUGUCCAAGUUGAUUGUCGUCCUCGGUGCCACUGGAGGUCAAGGCACUGCUAUCGUCGAUAGCUUUAUUAAGCUUCCAGACUGGCGUGUGCGUGGUCUUACUCGUAAUGCCGCGAGUCAAAAAGCACAGUCUCUCGCUGCAAAGGGGGUUGAGGUCAUAGAAGCCAACGUCGAUGAUCAAGCCAGUCUAGAGAAAGCGUUCCAGGGCGCUACUGCUAUCUUUGCGUUCACCGACUACUAUGAUUACUUCUUCCAACUUGGACCCGAGGAGUCAAUGGCGCGUGAGCUACAGCAAGGAAGCAAUUUGGCCCGAGCUGCCGCGAAAAUUCCAACGCUGGAACGAUACAUCUGGAGCACCUUGCCUAAUACCGAUCGUAUCACCAAUGGCCAGGCCAUAGUGCCGCACUUCCAGGGAAAGGCCAACGUGGACGUUUUUAUCAAAGAGAACCUAGCUGAGCUCUACGAGAAGACUACCUUCAUCAUUUUCACCAUUUUUGCCGCAAAUGUGACCCAUUAUGAAAUUUUCCGGCCGAUCUAUAUUCCAUCAGCCAAAAAAUGGGUGCAGUUUUAUCCAGUGCAUCCCGAUACACCAUAUCCAUCGAUCGGCAACCACCGCGUGAACAGUGGCAUCUUUGUGCGGGGUGUUAUUGAGAACCCACCCCCGUCAGGUACAUAUGUCAGGUGUAAUGUCGAGGAUCUUACGAUGGACACCUUCUUGGCUGCCUGGGGUCGGUCGAGUGGAGUGAGUCCCGAACCCAAUUCCACUGCCGUCAUCCAAAUUUCCAUGGAGCAGUAUAUUGCUCUGUGGGGUGAGAUGGGAGAAGAACAGGCCAGCCAAUGGCGAUUCUUCCGGUUCAUGAAAGAUGCUGGAAUCAACCCAAGCAAUGUCGCAGGGUUCAAACUAGUUGAGGGGAAGGAUCUGCUAUCUGACGAUCUUCAGGCUGCUCUUGUGCCAACUGAAGAGGGUAUGAAGACCAUGGACUGGUCCAGCUUUCGUUGA